UGUAAUAUAUAAUCUUAGUUUUUUCUUAUAUAGUUAUUCUGUUUAUAAUUUUUUUCUAUUCAACUAUACAUCAUAAAAUAAACCAUGUACUAUGGUACGUUAUUAAUCUUGUGGAACUUUUCAAAUACACUAGCAACUCCAAUAUUGGGCUUAAAUAAUGAAAAUAAAUAUUAUAAUCCAAAUCACCAAUAUAAUAUAUCAUGGGACUAUGAUCAGCUAAAUAAACCAGUUAUGACGUUACAAAAUUUAUAUGAUUUCAAGAUGACGUCCAUGUGGGCUUUUUUAAUAGGCAUGUUGGCGGCAUUUGGAUUUAUAUUUAUUUUUUGGAUUAUAAUCUACAAAGGAAUGUCUACAAAUAAUGAAGACAAAUUAAAACCACAAAAGUCCGCGAAAAAAUGUUCUUGCUUUAACUGUUUCAAGGGAAAACCACUAGGAUUAAAAAAAUGCCCAGCCCAACGACAUAAAUAUCCAUUAUUUUCCUAUAAACGAUCACCCAAAUUUAUAACGUAAAAUUUAAUAUAACUUUAAAAUAUUAUACUUUAUUGAGUUUAAUAUUUUUCUGUAUGACCCUAAACUAUAAGUUACGUUGUGACUCGUGUAAUAAAAAAUAAAUGUGUUAUUGAAAAAUAUAAUUUAUUUACAUUAAGUACUAAUAACAAAACUAUAGUUAAAAUAA